AUGUUCGCAGAGAUGCUAGACAUGGCCGGCUACAGCCAGCGGGACCAGUAUACCCAUCUUCAUGUCUUCCCAAAGUCCAUCGUCUCGUUUCUUGGUGACCGAUGGAUGAGCAUUCUCACCCGCUACAGGACGACCUUCAAGCUGAGCCUCAACUGCAACGACUCGGUCGUCAGAUACACCUAUGAGCCAAUCAACGAUGCCACAGGCACUGCCGCUGACCCCUUCAACACGAAUGCCAUCUGGGAGGCUCUGAAGCAGCUGAUCGCCUUGGAUCCGACAGUCGAUACAGAGUACUUCUGCCACUUCAAGCGAGACUUGACUCUGAACCCCUCGGAAGCUGACCUCCUGCGGGACAGCCAGUUGGCACGCUCAGACAUCAUGACGCAGACUAAGCUCGCUUUGAACCUCAAAGCCGAUGGCCGCUUUCUGAUAUUCGACUCAGUGCGGUCACUGGCGCCCGGCCAGCCAAACGUGACGGCUGCACUGGGCGUGUUGGAAGAUUAUGUCGAUUCUCGAGCUCAUGAGGGGACUGUGCAAGCGCGCCUGCUCUCGUGCGAUCUUGUCGAGCCCGCCAAGUCACGUAUCCAGAUCUACGUCUCGGAGCAGGUGGUAUCACUGGCCGCCAUGAGCGACAUGUGGACUCUCCGUGGUCGCCGCAAUGAUCCUACGACCCAAGCAGGCUUGAUGCUCAUCCACGAGCUCUGGGACCUGCUCCGAGUUCCCGAAGGGCUGCGCUCGUACACCAAAGGCUACAUGCCGUUGGGAAGCAUGCCCGACAAGGAUGAGCUGCUGCCAGGCAUGGCCAACUACACCCUCCAUCCGGACUGCCUCUCGCCAGAACCUCAAGUGUACUUUAGCGUUUUCGGCAUGAAAGACAAGGAGAUCGCCGAUGCGCUCACCAUCUUCUUCGAACGACAUGGCUGGCAUGACAUGGCCAAGAAAUACCAGGACAGCAAUCUUCCCCUUUCACUCAGCCCGGAUGAGCAGCAUGACUCGAUGAACUACAUCCACGCAUACAUUUCCUUCUCGUACCGCAAGAACAAACCGUACCUGGGCGUCUACCUUCAAAGCUUCGAGACUGGGGACUGGCCCUCUGGUAAGCAUGAUCCUAUCCAUCACUCACUCUUGCAUUAG